AUGGAGGUGUGCCCCAACAUGUUGGAACAAAUGAGCCUCCUCUGCAAAGACAUUUACCUACAAUCACUCUGUCAGCUCAUCAAAAGAGUCAGUCCCCACAGAAUAUCUUUCAACAGCAAAGAAAUACUGCAGAAGUACAGUAGUUUUUUGGCCAGGCUCCAAGUAACGGCAGGGGCAAUCAGUGGGCAAGUGGUUCUGCCUGCUCCCCCGGAGGCGGUGACAGGGGACAUAACCGACACCGAGAGAGUGCAUCUUUACGAAGAGUGCCUCCUGCUGUGGAUGAAGCAAAUCAGAGGCGUCCUAGAAGGCAAUCCAGGGCAGCCGCUAGUAGAGGGACGCAAUCCGGAACCCGAUGAGGAGAUCAGUUUCUGGACAGAACGGGCCACUGCACUACAUGGUUUGAGUGAGCAGCUGCAAGCACCCUUUGUGGAGCAAGCUAGUGUAGUGUUGGAAAACAACAGCAGCACCUAUAUGCCCGCCUUCAAGAGCCUACGACAAGAUGUCGAAGCGGCCAGAGAGGAGGCUGAUGAAAACGCACGAUAUCUAGCAGUCCUCCAGCCGUGGAUAAAGAAGCUGACGGAUGAGACCGCUGCGCUGUCUACUGUUUUGGAGACAUUUGAACCUAUCUUCGAAAUUAUUCUGCUAAUUUGGCAACAUUCCAGCUUUUACAACAAACUCUCCCGCAUUGUGGUGCUCAUUCGUCAGAUUUGCAACGCAGUAGUCAGGCAAGCCAUGCGCUAUAUUUCUGGCCAGGAAGUAUUCAAGCUCUUGCAGCAAGAAGAGCCCAAGGAAGCGCUUGAGAAGCUCGCCUUUGCCUUGGAGGUUUGUGACUCCCUAAAAAGCACGUAUGGGGACUACGCCCUGCGAGCUGCAGCAGAGGGUUGCUCCUGGGCCUUGAAAGCAGAAGUGAUAUUCUUGCGGCUUGACACUUACAGAGAGCGCAAUUUGGCGCUCAGUGCAGUGACUACCACAGCUCAGCAGUUCUCAAAGCUGGAAAAGAUUGAAAUCUGUGGCACUAAAGGCAGUUCCUUAUCUGCCAGCGUGCAGAAUUUGCACUUGGAAUUCAAAGAGGCUAUGGAUAAUUUUCAGCAGAUCGACUUUGAUCCUCUCAGUGUAGACUGCAAGAAGCCCGAUAAGCACUUUCAGGCAUUCAGGGCAAGAGUGAAGGAUAUAGAACAGCGCCUGGCUUCUGUGUUGGCGAUGAGCUUUGAAGAUUGCGGGACGAUCUCAGCUCGGUUGCGACUCUUUGAUGCUUUCAUGCCUUUGCUGGAAAGGCCCAUCAUGCGUGAGGAAGCCGGCCAGCAGUACACCAAGUUGUUAAAACAAUUUAAAAAUGAGAUAAAACAGGUGCAUACCAUCUUUUUAGAGGGCUGCAGGGCUAGUGACGAUGUCACAUCUGUCUUCACCAACCAACCACCAGUGGCCAAAGCCCUCAACUGGACAGCAUCGCUUCUCAGCAGACUAAGGGAGCCGCUCCAAAGACUUGAAAAACUAGGGGCUGCUUUGGGGAAACAACCGGAGGAGCUCAAGGAUGUCUGUAGACAAUGCGAGAGUGUCGGCGCCGGCAUUGAACAGUACCAGCGCAAAAUCCGUUUCGAAUGGAGCGAUAACCAGGUUGAACCUUCAAAGGCAAGGCUAAGCGCCGUCUUGCUGAAGCGUCAGGAGGGCUCCCUGUUGCGUGUCAACUUCCAUCCCGAGCUCAUGGGCCUUCUCCGGGAGGUUAGAUACAUGAAGCUACAGGGGCUUACAGUUCCCCCAUCAGCGAAGGCCGUACACGAGCGCGCCGAGGUCUACAGAGUCCAAGUUAGCGCCCUUCAGACGUUGUGCCACCAGUACAACCGGGUGUUGACUGGCUUACUGCCUAAUCAGCGUCCUCUACUAGCUGAAAGACUGAGCAAUAUCGAUGCCACCCUGGAGCCAGGCCUUACAACACUAAGUUGGGAGUCGGAAGGUGUUGACGCCUUCAUCGCUCAAGCUUCCGUGGCGGUUUCAGAUGCCUUUACAAUCUGCGACUCCAUCACUUCCAACCUUCAUAAGUCAUUUGGACUGCUGGGUAGCUGGAUGGAGAAGCCUCUAUUUGAGCGUAAGCCUAAGCCGAUGGCCCUGGAUGACGCAGACCAAGUAGUGCGCAGUUCAAUUGCUAACAGACUACAUCUGAUGGCUGAAGACGGCAAGGAGCUCCAUAAAAUCCUGAGAGACUCUUCUGAAGCCCUAAAGGCCACGAAAGCGAUGGGACCCCGUCCAGAAGCUCAGCCUCUUUUUGAGGUUAAGCUAGAGCUUGUAAACGGUAGCAUCGACCUCGUACCGGCUUUUCGUGACGAAAAAGGAGGUAUCUGCAAAGUGGUGGAAGGGUGGGUGGCUGACUUCCUCAAGAGUGCUGCAACGACAGCGCGUCUUGACUCUGGGAAAGGGGACUAUAUUACUGAGGUCAAGGAGUCAUACAGCUUUAUGGUCGCUUCCGCACGGCUGACAGAGCUACUAGAAGAAACCGAGUCUAAGGUCUUAGAGUAUUUGAAGGGGACGCGAAAGUACGAGUUCUUAUGGAAGAAGGACCUGGCGAAUGACUUGGAGGCAUUCAUCGCUGAGUCGCCCUCCGAGCAUCUUGCCGUAACUGGCAGCGAUGGGGAGCCUCUAGAUGCUGUCCUGGAGCUCAUUGGCGUUGACCUCGGACGCAAGAUACCACAGUUGUCAUGCUUCGACGAAAAGAUAACUUACUUUGAAGCUCUUCGAUCUGAGAUCGCGGAACUAAAGACUCCCGUGGACAUCUGCUGGCUGCGAAUCAAUGCGCAGCCAGCCAAGGUACAGCUCAGUCAGCUGGCUAAGUCCUGGGCGUCUUCCUACACUGAAUUCAUGUUAAACUGCUGCCUCGCCCGCGCGGACUCUGUUACUGCAUUUAUAAAUCGCAUGGACACCUUCCUUUCGACCAAACCCCCGAAUGAGUCAGAGGACAGUGAAGACUCGCCAGACAAAGAGGCAUUGUACAAGUUCAUGACGCAUAUCAGAGACGUCAAAAUAGCCAGUGAACCCAUCAAGCGUCUCCUAGAGCCUCUUCAUGAGCAGGUCGCGCUACUCAGGAAGCACGGCUGUACAGUGCCUGACGCACGGCUACAGGCGCUUGAUGCUGCUUCGUCGAAGUGGGAAGAUGUAAUCCGAAAGGCCUUUGAAGCCAAAGAAGCCAUUUUGCCUCUCCAAAACACCGAAAUGACCAACAUUCGCAACACCCUCGAAACCUUUGGCUCAGAGGUCGCAGCGUUUAGAGAAAGUUUUUUGUCAGAGGCUCCGUUCAACCCUAGCAUAGGGGCAUCCGCCGCAUACGCCUCCAUCGACAGUUUUUACGGCAGAUGCCUUGGAAUAGAGCAGGUGGCUAAAGAGCUGAAUAACCUUGAGACCCUAUUUGACAUGGCCAAAUCAGUUUAUAAGGAACUAAAGGACUCCAAAGAAGACCUCAGAACUCUAAAGGAAGCCUGGGACGUACACGUCUACGUCAACAGCUGGUUCGACACCUGGAAAGCAAUGCUCUGGGACACAAUAGACUCCGACGCGUUAUUAUUGCACAUUAGAGACAUGAAUAUAUAUAUACGAGGCCUCUCUAAAGAAAUCAAAAGCACCAAAGUUUAUACAGCUGUGCUGGAGAGGGUUUCCAAUAUGCAGGUGGUCUUACCGCUAGUUGCAGAGCUGCACUCUGAAUUUAUGCGUGACCGGCACUGGAAGCAGCUAAUGACGAUAGCUGGGCAGACCUUUACCAAAGGCCCUGGUUUCUGCCUUCAAGACCUAAUGAACCUCAACCUGCACGAACGCGCGGCAGACGUCUCCGAGAUUGUGGUGCUUGCCCAGAAGGAGGCGCGAAUCGAUAAAAAGCUUGCGGAAAUCACAAACACUUGGAGGAAGACAAUGCUGGAAUUCUCCUUGGCGAGGGAGGAUACCCCGCUGUUGCUGCCGAUCGAUGAUAUCGUGGAGGUUUUAGAACAACACUCAGUGGAUCUCAUGACUAUGAUCAGUCAGGGGGCGGUUAUCGACUUUUGUAGGUCGUCUGUUGAGGAGUGGCAGUCUAAGCUCAGGAUCGUUGAUAACGUGUUAACCGUGUGGAUGGAGGUACAACGCAAAUGGGAGCGUCUGCAGCCCAUUUUCAUGCAGUCAGAUGAUAUUCGAUCGCAGUUACCAGAGGAAUCCAAACGUUUUGAAUGUGCCGAUGGAGAAUGGAGAGACAUGAUGUACGUGGCCCAGGCUCAGCCGAACGUUUUAGAGGCGUGUCAGCACGAAGGCAGAGAAGACCUCCUGAACAAACUCAGAGACUCCAUAGACACAUGCGAGAAAGCCCUUGGAGAUUACUUGGAGCAAAAAAAAAAAGCCUUCGCUCGCUUCUACUUCGUGUCAAACCAGGCAUUGCUUGAUAUCUUGGCAAACGGCACAAACCCCUUAAAAGUAUCUUACUAUCUCGGAGACUGCUUCGAUGGCAUCUCAGCGCUUAAUUUCGAAAAGAACCUUGAGACGCAUCGCAUCGCAAGUGGAAUGUACUCCAAAGAGGGAGAGUAUGUCCACUUUCCUGAAGAUUAUAUCAUCGAAGGCCCUGUGGAAACUUACCUCGCAAAUUUUGAAGUGCACAUGCGCAAGCAAAUGCGUGACAUAUUGGAAGCUGCGAAGGGUACCUCCGAGAACUGGGAAGUUGAGAAGCCCCGGGAAGAAUGGCUUCGGGACUACUGCAGUCAGGUGUGUCUAGUGGCAAGCCAGAUAAUGUGGACGGAGGAGGUGACCCGUUGUUUUGAAGAGCUUGAGGGAGGAUCGGAAAACGCAAUGAAGGACUACAAAAGGGUGUACGACGACCGUAUAGACAAACUUAUUCGUCAAGUGCAGCAGGAUCUUAGCAAAGACCUGCGGACCAAAAUUAUCACCCUCAUUACCAUCGAUGUGCACCUGCGAGAUAUUGUGGAAGGUUUUAUUGUUAAAAAGGUUUCAGAAGCGUCUUCCUUCCAGUGGCAGUCGCAGCUCCGUUUCCAUUGGAUCAAAAAGCCUGGAGAGGCAAAAAAGGACUGUGUGAUUAAGAUCUGCGACUGGACAACCACCUAUAUGCACGAGUUCGUGGGCAACUGCGGACGCCUUGUGAUCACGCCGCUUACUGAUCGCUGCUACAUCACUCUGACUCAGGCACUGAACCUCAUGAUGGGGGGAGCACCUGCUGGUCCAGCAGGGACCGGCAAGACAGAGACGACCAAGGACUUAAGCCGUGCUAUUGGCUUGCCAGUCUUUGUUUUCAACUGCUCGGACCAAAUGAACUAUCUGUCCAUGGCGCAAAUCUUCAUGGGACUUGCGCAGUCUGGGGCGUGGGGCUGCUUUGAUGAGUUUAACCGGAUUUCAAUUGAAGUGCUUUCUGUGGUCUCGACCCAGGUCAAGUGUAUCCUUGAUGCUAUGAAGGAUGGGAAAAAGCGAUUUCAAUUUAUGGAUGAAGAAAUAAAUCUCGUUCAAACUUGUGGCAUGUUCAUUACCAUGAACCCUGGGUAUGCAGGCAGAACAGAGCUGCCAGAAAACUUGAAAGCCCUCUUCAGGCCGUGUGCAAUGAUUGUGCCGGAUGUGCUUUUUAUUUGCGAGAACAUGCUGAUGUCGGAAGGUUUUGUGUCUGCGCGUGCACUGGCGCACAAGUUCGUGACUCUAUAUGCCCUUUGUAAGACACUUCUCUCUGAUGCGAUACAUUACGACUGGGGCCUUCGAGCAGUAAAAGCAGUCCUGAGGCAGGCAGGAUCCCUCAAGAGAGCGGAUCCCAAUAUUAACGAAGAUACGCUUCUUUUAAGGGCUCUCCGAGAUUUUAACAUUGCCAAAAUCACAAGCGAAGACAAGCCAAUCUUCCUGCGGCUAAUUGAAGACCUCUUCCCUGGAGUUGUAGCUCCUCCAAAACGCGAUGCAGAUUUUUGGAGAGUGGUUAUGGCCGUCACAAAAGCUGAAAAACUGCAAUGCGAAGAGCAAUUUAUUCUGAAAUGUGUCCAAGUCCGUGAAGUCCUUCAGGCGCUGAAGGCAAUUGGAGAGGACAGUACCGUUGAGGUGUUGAACCCGAAGGCCAUAUCCACAAAUGAACUCUACGGGUACAUGACUCCGACAAAGGAAUGGAGAGAUGGUGCAGUUGCAGUUAUUAUGCGCAACAUGUCAAAGGAACGCGGAGGCUUCAAGCCCUCUCAUUUGCACAAAUGGAUUGUACUAGACGGGGACAUUGAUGCUGAAUGGAUUGAGUCGAUGAACACUGUCAUGGACGACAACAAGGUGCUAACUCUGGUUAGCAAUGAGCGUAUUCCGUUCACGCCGACCAUGCGAAUGAUCUUUGAAAUCGCUGACAUGAAGCACGCAAGUCCCGCUACAGUGUCGAGAGGCGGUGUUGUCUAUAUCAACGAGAUGGAUGUAGGCUGGAAACCUUUUGUUGACUCCUGGAGAGAAACACUCUCUGAUCAAGUUGCACAAUCGCAGUUCUACCUGCUUUUCUCCUACUAUUUUGAGUCGAAUAUCGAGAUGUUCCAUCGGACGUUCAAGUUUGUCUGCCCGAUGACGGACAUUGCCUUCGUCGACGGUAUCUGUUCGUUUGUGAAUGCCCUUCUCUGCCACGAUAAGGCUACUGCCGAGUCCUUUAAAGCCAAAAGCAUGGAUGAGCAAAAGCUUACGUACGAAGGGUACUUUCUGUCAGCCCUCAUGUGGAGCGUUGGCGCGUGCGUAGCCGAUGACAAAGUGGUGAACUAUAGGGCCCAGUUUAGUAAUUGGCUAAGGGCUGCCGCAAGGCUAAAAUUCCCAGAAGGCGGCCUCUGCUUCGAUUAUUUUUUUGAAGAGACAUCGUGCCAAUGGGUCCCUUGGAGCGCAAGCCUAAUGCCUUAUGAGCCCGUCACAAACAUGCUCUUCAACAAAAUCAUUGUCUCGACCACAGACACCCUUCGCAUUAACUACGUAAGCGAGCUCCUUUGCAAACAAGGGAGAGCAGUUUUACUUGUAGGCUCUUGUGGAUCAGGCAAAACUACUAUCGUCAAGGAUUUCCUGCGGCGGCUUCCUCCAGACUUCGAGAGCUCCACGAUAAACCUAAACUCCUACACCGAUUCAAGUACUCUUCAAAAAUUUCUAGAAUCAAAUAUCGAAAAACGGACAGGGCACACGUACGGACCUGUGGGAAAUAAGCGCAUUGUGUAUUUAAUUGACGACCUGAAUAUGCCAUCUGUUGACAAAUAUGACACGCAGCCUCCAUUAGAACUCCUCCGACAGUUGCUGGAUUACGGAAGCAUGUUUGACCGCAGCCAUUUAGAAGACAGAAUGAACGUAGUGGAUGUGCAGUUCAUGGGAUGCAUGAAUCCCACUGCUGGCUCUUUCAACAUUAGCUCACGACUGCAGAGACACUUUUCAGUUAUUACCUGCUUUGAACCUGAUGCGGAGACCAUGACACGGAUUUACGGCAGCAUCUUAAAGCAACACUUUCAGAAAUUCGAUAGUUCAGUGUCAGAGCUGGAGCGGCCCAUUAUACUGGCCACAAUUGAUUUGUUUGCUCAAAUACACGCUGAACCAGCAUUUUUGCAUUCGGCAAAGAAGUUCCACUACACUUUUAACCUCCGUGACCUCUCCUCGAUCUUUCACGGCGUCUUGCGUUCAACGCCCUCUAUGUACCGCCACAUAGCCAACGGCUGUCUCAAGAUGAUUCGUUUGUGGCUCCACGAGGCAAGUAGAGUUUUGCGGGACCGCCUAAUAUGUGAGAAGGACAUGUCUGUAUUUGACAACAUUUUGGCCGAUGUCGUGAAAAAGCACUUCCCAGAACAAGAUCGGGAGCAAAUACAUGCAUUUCCAAAUGUUAUGAGCUCCUUUGUCUCUGAGGCUUCGGGCCACGACCCCGUGUACAUGCCAGCUAAAAAUAUGGAUUCUCUACGGGAUGUCCUAAAAGGAAAACUUGAAGAGUAUUCUCAAUCCUUUACUGAGAUGAACUUGGUGUUUUUUGAUGAUGCAAUUCUGCAUGUGACACGCAUUUGUAGAAUAAUUGAUCUUCCGGGUGGCAAUGCGCUUCUAGUUGGUGUUGGAGGUAGUGGAAAGCAGAGCCUCAGCAAACUGGCCUGCUUUAUUUCCAAAGUGGAUACCUUUCAAAUUGUCGUCAGCCAGCAUUAUGAUUGUGCAUCUUUUAAGGCUGAUAUGCAGGAACUGGUGAAUAAGGCUCUAGUGCGCCCUGGAACACCCCAUGCUCUGUUGCUAACAGACCAACAGAUUGUUGACGACCAGUUGCUGGUAUACGUCAAUGACCUCUUAGCCUCUGGGAGCAUCCCUGACCUUUUCGCGCGGGACGAAUACGAGCACAUUUUUUCAGUUCUCAGGAAGCAGCUGAAACAAGGGGCUGCAGUAGACACCCGGGAAGGCAUGUGGCAGGUUUUCAUUGAUAAGAUGCAGAUGAAUGUACACGUAAUACUUUGUCACUCCCCUGUUGGUGGACACCUGCGCGACCGUGCUCGAAAAUUUCCGGGGCUCCUGUCUGGGACUGUCAUUGACCAGUUCCACCCUUGGACGCGUGAUGCACUGGUUCAUACCGGGACAGCAUUUCUCAAUGAUGUUUCGCUGCCAGCACCAGAGUUACGAAUGCUGUUGGCGGAACACAUGGCAAACGUACACUUAAGCAUAGACGUUGCAAAUGAAAAAUUCCUUAGACAUGAGCGACGUCAUAACUAUACAACACCGAAGUCGUUCUUGGAGCUCAUUGCAUUUUACAAACAGUUCCUAAACCGCAAGAGAGCAGAAGCCGAUCAAUCCAUUGAGAGAUUGCAAAAAGGUUUGACAACUUUAAGAGAAACUACUGCGGAGGUGGAGGGCCUGCGGGAAGAUCUCAGGCAAAAAAUGCUUGUUGUUGAUGAGAAGAAGGCCGCAGCAGAUGCACUGGUUGAACAAGUUCUUAAGGCAUCAGCCAUUGCAGACGAAGAGGCUAGAACUGCAAAUGCAGAAAAAGAUAAGGCUAAUGCUCUGAGUGAAGAAGCAGCGGAGAUCCAGAAAAGGGCAGACGAGGAGUUGUCUCAGGCCAUGCCGGCUAUGGAACGUGCCAGAGAAGCAGUGAAAUGCCUCACGAAACCAGCUAUUCAGGAGCUGAAGUCGCUACAGAAGCCUCCAGCUGAGUGCCUGGAAGUUACCAAAGCCGUACUAAUCAUGCGGGGAGAAGGAAAGAGCACAGAGUGGAAGGCAGCGCAAAAAAUGAUGAGCGACCCUGGAAGGUUCCUUGACCAGGUUCGCGCGUUCGACGCCGAAAAUAUGACAGAGGAGACAGUCAACGCCAUUAGUCCGAUUAUAUCUCAACCAUUUUUCAACUUUGAGGGUAUGAAAGGCAAAUCUCUAGCAGCUGCUUUCCUCGCAAACUGGGUCGUGAAUAUUGUCACGUACAACACCAUCUACCGUAAGGUCAAGCCGCUUAUGGAUAGGUUCACAGAGGCCUCCGAGUCUAAGGCAAAGGCAGACUCGAAUCUGGCUCAAGUGAUGGAACGCGUUCGGGAGAUCAACGAGAAAGUUGCCCGGCUUCAACAAAAGAUGCAAGAAGCCGAUGAGGAGCGCCGGGGCGUGGUGCAACAGGCGGAAGAGUGCCAACUAAAACUAGAUCUUGCCGAAAGGCUUGUGAACGGCUUGUCUGACGAAAAUGCUAGGUGGUCAGAUUCUAUGGCUGAACUCGAAGCAUCCAAGAUUACUAUUGUUGGCGACUAUAUGCUUGGAGCCGCCUUCGUAUCAUAUGCUGGAGCCUUUUCCGCGCCAUUCAGAGUCGGCCUUGAGGAGGAAUGGAAAGCAGACUUAGUCAGACAAAAUAUUUCAUUUACUCCAACUGUCAGCCCGUUGGACGUGCUUGCUGAUGAGGCGGAUAUCGCGUUAUGGAAGAAUGAAGGGUUACCUGCAGACCGCACUUCCAUCGAAAAUGCUGCAAUCGUCACAUGCUGCCUAAGAUGGCCUUUACUGAUUGAUCCGCAACUACAAGGAAUACGUUGGGUAAAACAGCGAGCUCACGAAACUUUGGUAACUGUUUCAGUCAACCGUGAUCGCUGGCUUUCGAAAACCAUUGAUGCAAUUCGCAAUGGGGAUAUGCUGCUAGUCGAAAACCUUUCAGAGGCUAUUGAUCCCAUUCUGGAUCCUCUCCUGUCUCGAAGUGUUUCCAGAAAGGGAAGAACCGCGUACAUAAAGAUCGCGGGGGAAGACGUUGAAUUUAACGAUGCGUUUCGACUCAUACUGCAAACGAAGCUUCCCAACCCUCACUACAAGCCUGAGAUCGCCGCACAAUGUACUUUGGUUAAUUUCACCGUGACGCCCGAGGGUUUAGAGGAGCAGUUCUUGGCAAUGAUCGUCAACGCUGAGCAGCCAGAUCUGGAGACUUCAAAGCAGGCGCUUACCAGGAAGCAGAAUGAGUACAAGGUGACCCUUGCUCAACUUGAAGACAGAUUGCUCUUUGAACUUUCCAAUGCAAACCCUGAACUGAUCCUUAGUAACACUGCUCUUGUCGAGAGCCUCGAGGAAACGAAACGGAUGGCAAAGGAGAUCCACAUACAGCAAGCCGCAGCCAAAGAGCGGGAAGAACAAAUUAACAGGAAUCGUGAAGCCUACCGUCGAGCAGCAUCGGAGGCCUCAAUGCUGUACUUUGUGCUCACCCGACUUCGUAGCAUUAAUCCCAUGUACCAGUACUCCCUGGACUCGUUUACCACGUUUGUGCAGAAGGCGAUAGAGAAGGCUCAACCAUGCGAAACAGUCCAAGAACGGUGCACCGAGGUGGUAACUAAAAUUCGCGCCACCACUAUUACAUGGAUAAGGCGCGGUCUAUUCGAAAAACAUAAAUUAGCAUUCUUGACCAUGUUGACCUUCCAGCUUUUGAAGGACGGAAAACUUAAAGAUACAUACGACCCACAGCUGAUGGAUUUCUUGCUUAAGGGGCCAAUAAAGCACGUGCCCGAAAAUCCUCUUGCCGAUUGGCUGCCCAACAAGGCGUGGUACGCCGUGCAAACGCUCACAGAGCUGCCUGCGUUCGAGUCUUUUGCCACGAAUAUGGAAAAAGAUGCGCCCUCACGAUUUAAAGAAUGGUUCCAGGAGCUUCAGCCCGAAAAAAUCAAGCUGCCGCUCGAGUGGAAGGCACUGGAUAAUAUGCCGUUCAAAAAGCUUGUAGUGCUGCGCUGCCUACGACCAGACCGCUUGACUACUGCGAUCGCAGAUUAUAUUCGCAUGAUGCUUCCUAACGGGAGUCAAUAUUUGGAUGGUGACACCGCACUCUCAUUCUAUGAAAUCUUAGAGUCUUCAUUCGGCGACUCUGCCCCAACCACUCCCAUUUUCUUUAUUUUGUCACCGGGUGCUGACCCAGUCAAAGAGAUCGAAGCCCUGGGCAAGAAACUGGGGUAUUCAGCAAACUUUAACCUUCACAACGUCGCCUUGGGACAGGGUCAAGAUGUUGUGGCAAUGCAAAAGCUGGAUCUUGGUCACAAAGAAGGUCAUUGGGUUCUUCUACAGAACAUUCAUUUAAUGCCCAAAUGGACAACAGAACUUGAAAAGAAACUUGACUCGUUUUCCAUUGAAGGCCUGCAUCCGAAUUUCCGAUGCUUUCUCUCUUCUGAACUGUGCCACUACAUUCCUGUUGGCAUUCUAGACCGCUCAAUUAAACUAACUAACGAGCCUCCUCAGGGUCUACAGGCCAAUCUCAAAAGAGCUUUCGCGUGCUUUCCUAAAGACGACUUCGAUGAAAAAGAUCAAAAGGUAAAGGCCAUUUUGUUUGGUCUGUGUUUCUUCCACGCUGUACUGCUGGAAAGAAAGAAGUUCGGGCCGAGAGGUUGGAACAUGAAUUAUCCAUUUUCUAUGGGUGACCUGAGAGAUUCUGCCAUGGUUUUAAUGAACUACAUUGACCAGCAACAGGGAAGCUCGAAGGUGCCUUGGGACGACCUGAAGUACAUCUUCGGAGAGAUAAUGUAUGGUGGCCAUAUUAUUGACCCCAGGGACCGGUUGGAUAGGCUUUUGGACGAGGCGGAGUUGUUCCCAUUUUGUGGGCAAUACGAAGGAGCCUCCUACAAAACUCCUCCGGCUCAGAGCUACGAAAGAUACAUGGAAUGUGUGGCCUCGAUGCCUCCCGAGACGCCACUUGCCUUUGGGCUUCAUCCGAAUACAGAGAUUGGUUACCGCACGCAGCAGUGCGAAGAUCUCUUCAACACGCUCAUGGAGUCAGAGGGGGCCGGUGGAAAUCCUACAACCAGUAAAGGCGGUGGCAAUGAAAGCGAAAGCGAGCCUCUAUGCAAAGAGAUCCUCGAAGAAUUUGGAGACGCUCGCUUUGAUGUAGAGGACAUAAGCCAGGCAAUCCCGGACGAAGAAAAGGGCCCCUACCAGCACGUUUUCCUACAGGAAUGCCAAUGUAUGAAUGUUUUAUUAAAAGAAUUGAACAAGUCCCUGGUUGAGGUAGAAAUGGGUUUUAAGGGGGAACUCACCUUCUCCGCCUCUAUGGAAAGGCUUGUCAAUGACAUUCGCAUGAAUCGAGUACCGGCAUCGUGGAUGAAGGUGUCGUUUGCAUCCUGCCGGCCGCUUGGUUCCUGGAUUGCAGACGUUAAGCUCCGCUACGAGCAUUUGACUGAGUGGACUAAGGACCCUAGCAGCACGCCAAAGGUCGUAAAUCUUUCUAGAUUGUUCAAUCCGCAGUCAUUUCUUACAGCUAUUAAAGAAGUUUGUUCUCAGCAGCACCAUCUGGAGCUCAACAAGCUCAGUGUAGUCACCACUGUAAGCAAAAAAGACGUUGCUUCAAUUGACGCUCCAGCCCGUGAAGGUAAAUCAGGUGCAUCCGUUGAAGCUACUCGCGAUGACAAUAGCGUCUACAUCUGUCCCGUUUAUCUAACAGUGCAACGCGGGCCGACAUUCGUUUUCAACGCCCAACUGAGAACAAAGCUACCACCAGCCAAAUGGAUUCUAGGGGGCGUCGCAAUGAUUCUAGACGUCGGUGGGGCUGCAUGA